UGACACAUCUUUAACCCUAAAAAUAGAUUGUUUUGGUUGUCAAUCCGAAUUAUUUUCAUAAAAUUAUCAUGGGUUUUCCUCCUGUUCCACCAGAAGUGCGAUCUUUAUCGCAUUUCUUAAAGGUAGCUGAUGAUCACGAACAACGUAACAUCGUUAUAACUUAUUGGGCUCGUAUGUAUGCGGUCCAAUCCGCAAUGAAUGCUUUACCUGGAAAAAGACCUCCAGCAGUCACAGAGCUUCUUUUAGCUCUAAUGGAUUGGUUGGAAAAAACAAAGUCUCAACAUCACGAUUUGGAAGGAAUUACGAGUGAGGUUUGCGCGCAGGCUAUGAUUGAAGAGCAUGCCUUAAAGAUGUUUAAUUUUGCUGAUGAAUGUGAUAAAAAUUCUAAAUUUGAUAAAAAUGUUGUUAAGGCGUUUUAUACAUCAGGAAUUCUUUUUGAUACCUUAAACCAGUUUGGGGAGAUAUCAGAAGAUAUUGAGCAAAAGCGUAAAUAUGCUAAAUGGAGAGCAGCAUACAUUCAUAAUUGUCUUAAAGAAGGUUUAGUUCCAACCCCAGGAAAUGUAACAGUAAUCCUUUCACCAGAAGAUGAAAGAUAUUCUGGGUUUGUUUCUAAAGAAGAACUUGAUAGGAUGAAAGGGAUUUUACCACCUGAUUCAGACGCAAACGGAUUUCAACCCCCAGCAAGUUUUUUGUUUGAAGAUAGACCACGUCCGUUUGAUUCAAACUCCCCAAGCACUAGCGUUCCUGCUACUCCAAGUUCGGAUGUAGCCGGGGCUAAUGUUCCUUCAUUACCGGACGUUCCAAGCGAUUCUGUUUUUCCCCAACCCGUUUUUCCAACGGUUGCACCAACGUUACCACCACCAACAAGUGGAUCAGUUACUUUGAGUCCUGAUAGUAUGGAGAAGGCGCAAAGAUAUUGUAAAUUGGCUAAUUCCGCUUUAACUUAUGAUGAUGUUAAAACAGCUAUUGAUAAUUUACAAAAAGCUUUGAGUUUAUUACAAUAUGGGGAAGAAAAAUAAGUGAUAUUUAUAUGAUUUAGGUAUAAAUUAACGUUUAAGGAUAAUGAUGUCUUUUCUUUAUUAUUUUGCUGUUGAUAGUAGUUUAAAAAGUAUUUAAAAAAAGUUAUUCACGUUAUUGCAGUAAAUAAGUAAGCGAUUUUAUAUUUUACUAAUAGAUUUAAUUUAAAUGCUACAUAAAAACUAAUCCAUUGGAUUAAUAAUAAAUAAUAAACACAUUUGAAACUA